AUGUCUAAGCCAUGUGCUCCACUCGGAUUACUUUAUUAUAUGCUGCUUCUGCCUCAACAGGUGUCGCUCCAUGCCAGCUACAAGGCAUUGCACGAGACUACUACCGCCAUAUCAUGGCAUGGACACACCCUGAGUUUUCGCUCUUCAGUGGUACAAGAAGCACAACAAGAUGGCAUAUCAGGAGGACAGGAGGCAGUGACGAAGAAGAGGAUAAGGAUGAUGAGAACUGAGAAUGAGAAUGAGGAUCAAAACAAGGAUGAGGAUAUGAACAGGGAUAAGAUUGUUGGCAGCGACAAGGACAACAGCAGUCACCGUGAUGCACCGAGGAGAAAGAUGACAGCAGCAGCUGAGAAGGAGUGCCAAAAUCAGAAACAUAGCGGCCCAUCAUCUCAGGCUGAGACUUCUACGACUGCAGCUAAACGGCAAUGGACAGAGGUUUCCCCUGUUACGGUUGUUAACCCUUUGAUUGGCCUUCAGAUAACUGUCCCAGAGAACCUGCCAGUGGAGCUGAGCAAGAACACAUCUGCAAUGGAUAAUGUGGCAUCAUCGGCAUCGACUGACCAAACCCCACAGGAAAAACCCGUGGACGACACUCUUCCAAAGAAUGGUAAUCUGUCGGCACCAACUGAGUCAAAUGGUGGAUCUGAGAAGCAGCAGUGA